UGGGGAGCGGCAGCGAAGACUGCAGUGAUAGAAACAGCAGUUUAUCUGUGUGCAGCACCAAACUGGGAAGAAGAUGCUAAUUAAAGUGAAGACACUGACAGGAAAGGAGAUUGAAAUUGACAUUGAACCCACAGACAAGGUGGAGCGAAUCAAGGAGCGUGUGGAGGAGAAAAAGGGAAUUCCCCCACAGCAACAGCGACUCAUCUACAGUGGCAAACAUAUGAAUGAUGAGAAGACAGCUGCUGAUUACAAGAUUCUGGGCAGUUCAGUCUUCCACCUGGUAUUGGCUCUGAGAGGAGGAGAAGACAACUCACUGGAAAAGUCCUGUGGAAGUCUCCCACCUGUAGAAAAAGGUGAUAGAAAAAUUAGUCUGAUUAUGGAGUUGUCAACUCAGGUUUCCCUUCAGGCUGAGAAGAUCACUCAGCUGGAAGAAGUUUUAGAGGAAAAGGAAAGGAAGAUUCAGCAGCUGGAAGCUGAGCAGGCGUCCUCUAUUUACCAAGAGGCUCAGGACUCACCAAAAGGAAUAUAA